GAUACGCCAGGACCGCCUACAGAGUCUGGAUGUGGUGGCAGUCAAUGCCAGCGGUGACGGUGAUGCUGUGGAUGGCAGACCCAUUCAUACAGAACCUCACGUCGCCACCAGCCGAGAACGGCACCAGGCCGCUCAUCUUCUGGAUUCCCGUAGAAGUGCAACAUUCGCCUGCCUACGAAAUAACCUACGCCAUCGAGGCGUUUUGCAUAGGAUCUGCUACGGAGACGAGCAUCCUGAUAGACAUAAUUCUGAUAGUUCUCUUAGUCUAUGCAGCAGGUGAAAUAGCUGUUCUGAAUGAGAAUAUCGCUGGAAUGAGGCUUUCGAACACUCGUGAGCGAGAAAAAGUAGAGCCAGACAAGGGGCUACAAGCUCUAGAAAGGAGUACUGAUGAAGUGAGCAUAUCACAAACAGCCUACGUGUUCAGCGAGUACAGUUCAGACAGUAAGCGCAAUCUUUUCGUUCUGGAUAGACACGACACGUACUGGAAACUACACAGCAGUUUAGUGAAGAACAUACAACAUCAUGAAGUUAUUCUAACGUACAUCAAUGAUCUGGAAAUCGUGCUGAGCGCAUCUGUCUAUGUCCUGUUGCUUACGAAUGCACUAAAUAUUUGUUUGCAUUCUUUUGGAAUUGUAGCGCUGUUCCAGGAGGGAGCAACAAGUUCGACCGUAUUUAAGGAAGUGAUCUCGUUUGCAUCUUUCCUGGCUCAGACAGGCUUAUUCUGCUUCAUCGGACAGCUAAUAAUCGAUCAGGCGGACCGGCUGCAAUUCUCUGCGUUCAGCUGUGACUGGCCACAGGCAGACGAGUCAUUCUGCAGAUCGCUACGCAUCUUCAUGCUGCAGGCGGCGCGCCCGCUCAGCGUGAGGGUCGGAAAACUCAUCGAGCUGUCAAGGAACUCAUUCCUGCAGGCGAUGAAUUCUUCGUACACAUUAUUCAACAUGCUUUUCAAUCUACAGACAGCAGAUUAACACAAGAAAAUUUCACGCGACGGCUGCAUGCAUGUGGACCUUUGGCUGAUCACAGACCCUGAUAGACAGGAAAGAUUUCAUCUGCCACAAACAUAAACUUUCAUGUUAGGAAAAACUAUUUAUUUGCAUUAAUGCUCAAGAUUAGUACCCUCUUGAUUCUGUUGAAAAAGUAUGGUAGUCACAAUACAUUAUCACAGGAAAAUAAUCAGUCACACACCA